AACCAGCAGCACUGCUGCACUUCCGCCGCCAGGUGGCAGCACCGCGCUGCCCGCGUUCACAGCCCGACGCGGGCCGGAAGAGAGCGGAAGCGCCCCGGCUCGCAGCCCGAGCGACGGCAGCGAAACCUCCGUGGCCGCGCGAUUGCACGUCGGGCAGGGCGCGUCGUGUCGAGAUGUGCCCCCGGCGCUGCCUCCCUGGUUGAACUUGUCAAAAUGGAGGAGGAGGAAGAGGAGGAGCGGCUGCGGCCCUUCGUGUUCCUGAUGACUUACAUGCUGCUGAAGCGCAGGAGGGACUUAAACCACGCAGACAUUCAGAGGCGGAAUGAGAUCCAAAGACGCAUCAGACAUCGGCAGUACUUCUUCCAGCGACAGAGGAGGAUGCUCAUGAUGAUGAUGGCAGGAGGUAUCCGCUCCAACGUUCGCAUCCGCACACGCCCCUGGUCCACCACUGCAAGCACUGAUUGGUGGGAGCGGGUGGUGAUGACGGAAUUCCAGCCGUCUGAUUGGCUGGAUAGGUUCCGUAUGAGCAGGGAGACGUUCUUCCACCUCUGCGACGAGCUGAGGCCCCGCCUGACCCGCCAGGACACCAGCUUCCGCCUGGCUCUGCCGGUUGAGAAACGGGUAGCAGUGGCUCUGUGGCGCCUGGCGUCGAACAUCGAAUACCGCACCAUCAGCGGGCUGUUUGGCGUGGGGAAGUCCACCGUGUGCAGGUGUGUGAGGGACAUGUGUCACGCGAUUGUUGCGCUCCUCACCGCCACUUACCUGCGGCCCCCCGGUGAGCAGGAGCUGGAUGAUUCAGCCCAGCUCUUCCUGUCCAAAUGGGGCUUCCCUCACUGCGUCGCCGCCGUAGCAACACUCCACACCGCCAUCAUCACGCCAUCGAACAACGCAUCGGACUACGCCAACCCUGCUGGCUGGCUCUCUGUGCUUUCUCAGGUGGCUGUCAGCGGCCGGGGGAUAUUCUGGGACGUGUGCGCCAGUUUCCCUGGUGGUACGGACCCGGCUGACAUCUUCCAGAACUCCUCGCUGUGGGCCACAGCUGCGGAUGGUGGGCUGUCACCUGACUCGCAAACUACCUUCAUGGGAAAACCGCUUAGGUAUGUUCUGCUGGGGGAGGCCUGCUACCCUCUCCAGAGUUGGCUGAUGAAGGCCUAUCCCGAGGAAAAGGAUAGGAGAGGCAGCCACGCAGCGCUGACCGAGCCACAGCGGCUCUUUAAUCGACGGCUCAGCCGAGCGCUGCGCGCCUCCGAGGAGGCGCUUCUGAGGUUGAGGGCACGCUGGCAGUGUCUGAGCAAGAGGAACGACUGCGGACUGGACGUGGUGCCCACCAUGGUUCUGGCAUGCUGCAUUCUGCACAACGUGUGCGAAUCCCACGGCGACGCCUUCGAGGCAAAGUGGCAGGCGGAGGUGGCCGAGGCGGAGAGCCCACAGCCCAGACACAGGCCACUUCCCUCCACCUGCAGUGACCAACGGCAUGCUGAUGAGGCCCGAAACCUCUUCUGUGACUAUUUUGAGGAGCAGAAUAAUUGAAGAAGUUUCCUAGACACAAAGAUGAAUGUUAUUAAAGUCCUAAUAAACAUCU